AUGCAGGUGCCGAAUGCGAGUUCGCACUAUACGGAAAAAUUCAACCUGACGAUGCAGGAUUUGUUUUGGCUGCGGGUCGUGCGGAGGAGGAUGAUGGAGAACGAUACACUGCACGGAACAACCGAUAGAGCUGUUUUCUCUGUGACCACUUCGAAAUGGAAGAUUCCAGUCGUGAACGACAGUGAGGCAGUUUUGUUACCAGCAAAUAAUUUCCUCGAAAGCGUCGAAGAGGCUUUGAAUACGACUACGAGUGCGGAAGCAACCACGGCGAGCAGUAGCGGUAGUACUUCUUUUAGCACGACUGGUUCCAGUUCUAAUACAGAUUCUGCAUCACAAGAUCCGCAUCACGUCCCCAUUAACAACCGCGAUUUAUUCAACACGGUAAUUUUCGAAGGAAAGGGGUUCCGGGUUAACACAACGUCGACGGACUUCUGCUUCGUGGCGGAUGGUAGUGCUGGAACAACAAGUCCACAACAGCAACUACCACAACACGAACACACGCUCCCGAUCCUUCUCGACCAGGUGAAACUAUUGAAGACCUGGGAGCCGUUUCCACCGGGGCUGUACGCCAUUGACACACAGAGAUCCGCUUGGAAUACCACGAUUGCGGUUGGUGGGGGCAUGAGCACUUCUAGCACAACAGGAGCUGGUGCAUAUGUUGAUCAGCACAGCCAGAACCACAUGUUGACCUUCCCCACCCGCCACGCCAUCCCCUUCAACGUUUUAAACGACGACGCAAACUACGCAAAAUUGAGCUACCGACCGCCUUCGAUUACCAACGAUUUGCAGUGGGAAUUGUACAAAAGGAGCAACUUGAACAAGAGAUCGCUGCUAUCCUGUGCAAAAACGUCCCCACCCCAUACUAGUCAGUGGCCACAUAGCAUAUGCGUUUCUCUUCUUGUCGUAGUUCGUUCUCCUCUCGAUUCCUUUCUGAAAAUUCGAAAUUUCUCUGUGCUUUAAAUUUGGCUUUUUCCAGUACAUAAACACCCCAUACUAGUCAAGUUGGCAAAUCUGCAACACAAAUCUCCAAGUUUUGGGAGUUUAUCCAUGGCAAGCUUAUCCUCGUAGUGUAAUCCUGUUUACUUACCUGGUUCAGCAGCAUGAGAGAUCUAGCACAUCAAGCCAAUUCUAGCAUCACAAAUUCGACGACGACACGAAAAAGAACGCUUCUCGUGGGGCUCCGCAUUAGAAGCAUUUUCAGCAUGCAGAUCUGCAUGACAGCUAUGGGGUCGUGGGGACUUUUUUCCUCAGGAUCCCUCCAUCUGGAAUUACUGUACGGGACGGAAUAUUACGUGGAUUUUUUGAACGAAUUGAGGAGGAACGAAACCAAUUUACUUCUAACCGCGCAGGCAAUUCAACAGCAGGAAGGAGGUAAUAUCGCUGGUAGUACAACUACUGUCAAAGCGCCGUUUUCUGUCAACGUCUCAUCCCCGUUCAUCCGUGUGCCAAAAAUCCCGGCAAUGGGCAUGAAUUCCGGGGGGAGCUGGCGGAUCCCGGGGAAAAAGGAUUUGGAACUCAAUUCGACUUGCUCGGCUCAGGGGGCGAACGAAAUCGAUUUGUUGGUCAAGUUUCUCUCCAAUGUGUCGAUGUCGGCUAAUUACGUGUACGAACAACGUACCGCGACAACGACCACCACUACCACCGCGAGGGUUUUUAUCUUUCCUUCGAUACUGCUAGGAUUAAAUCAGGAGGAGACGGAGGAGGAAAAAUUGGCGAAAGAAUUGGCAAAAUUGGAAGAAGAAUCCCUGCCGAAAUUGUGGAAGGGGUUUGUGGAAAGUGCGGAGAAUCACGACAGUAUUCAGAGGAAAUCGGACUUCAACAUUUCCAAAUUCCUCCAACCCUCAUCCCACGUCACCUCCGACGUGUUUUGGCUUCACUCGGAAAAUUUCUGGAGCGCGGCUUUACUGGAUGGAGACGUUGUGGGUGGCGUGGGCGGGGGGAACACAAAGACUUCUCUGAGUAGCAGCACAAUAGACAGCACAACGUCGACCCGAAAGUACUGUGCGUUGUUACAGCUUCCGACGAAGUUCGACCGGGUGAAGUAUCAAAUGUAAAAGUGUCUGGGUCUGGAAGGGUUGGAACUUGUGAUGCAAACUCUGGAACACACAAAAAUUUGUGUUGCAUGAGCGCCAAAAGCUGUCCAUUUCUUGGCACGCAAGUAAGUAGGAAGUUUCUCAUGCGGGACAGGCAUUAUGAGGCGUGCUCAAAACCUGUGAUGCUUUUGCCUGCAUCAGACGCCACUUGCGUGAUCCGAAAUAUGCAUGACAAAUCUCAGAAUCUUCCAGACCCAGACAUUUUUACAUUUGAUAUGAAGAUCAAGGAUUUGACAGCUACUAUGGUGGCGAAUUUGCAGGAAACGAGGCAAAUUGCGGCGGAGUUGUUUUUAUGCAUUGCAAAAGCAUCGCACGGCCUAGUAUGAAUUGCAUUACAAGUUUCCUCAGCAUGAUGCGAAAUCGAAUUUGUAAUGCUGAUUGAGCUUUAGGAAAAAGAUAUAAGAUUUGUGAUGCAUAACUGCAAUUACUACGAGUGCGAUGCCUUUGAUGCACUGGAUAGCUUUACUUAAGACGGAAGGUCUUGAUCGAACAGUACUACGUUGAGGAGUUUUUCCUGGGAUUCCGUGACUUUAUCCAAGAAAAAAAGUGUGUAAGUGUAACUCUGUCAUGCAGAACAUGCAACAGAGUUACACCUGUCAUGCCAGACAAGCAUGAGGUGCUCUUUUCAUUUGUGGUUUCCCUUACAAACCACGCAUGAGAGGCUUUCUCUGUCAUGCAGAACAAAUUUGUGAUGCUGUUCCUCCGAGAAAGUUACACUUACACACUUUUUUUCCUGGAUAGACGUGAAUGGGCAGUUAGGCGGGAGUUGCGGAACAGGCACGACGAGCGAUGGGUUGCUAGCCAAGAUCGAAAGCAUUCAGGCAUUCGUGCAAGCGAGGAACGAAAAGCGGGGCAUCUAUCCCAGUAGUACAGCCGCUUCUUCAAGUAGCUCGACCUCGAGCGGUGGUGUCUCCAACAAUCAGGGAAGUGACGCCGACCACAACACGCAUUUCGAGCACCGCUAUUUUCUCGAGCAGAGAGCGGAGGUUUUGGAACAAAAAUUGCAGGAGGCAGAAAUUUACAAGCAAACGGUGCGAGAUCUACACGGAAUAUCAACAAGCAGUGGGGAUGCUUCAUCUUCUAUCAGAGGUGAAGAUGUUGAGAAAAAGCUCGUCGCGGUUGACACGCUACCGCUUCUUAACGCGACUACCCUGUUGACAAGUGCUGCGACAUCAACGGAAAGUCAACCGCCCUCAUCUCAACAAGAAGAACAGGCGCAGAGUCAUUUCAACUUCACCGCCUUCCACCUGGAUCUCCAGCGCGGCAACACGGAAUUCUACGCGAACUUGAUGCAACUGAAACCCUCCUGCAACACGACCUACCACCGGGAAAUCUACCUUCCGGAUGUGAGUGAGAUUUUUUUCCAAACAGAUGCGAUUUUAACAGAUUGGGAGACGUAUAAACUACAGGGUGGCACAACUAGUAGUAGUGGUGGCACUGGCACGACGAUCUCUGCGGCCGCGCUUGCUGCAGGAGAAAAACAAACCCCAGAAGUCGUCGAUCUCUUGCAGAAAGUGUAUGGAUCUGUCAGGUCUGAAAUCGUCAAAGUCGAAGUGAUUUGCCAUGCAUAAAAUGCAAGGCGUGAAUUGCCUCUCUUGCAGGGAUGGCAAGUGAGGCAGAUUGUCAGCCCGUUUGGGGUCUGCGAUAGAGCUGCUAAAAGUAGCAUGACAAAAGACGCCUUUUAUGCCCAAACAGCAUGACAAAUAGGAUUCCGGCGCUCCGAAACUUUGUCAUGCGCCGCUUGAAAAUUGGGCUUCCAACUGGUAUCCAUUUUAUGCAUGACAAAUCAUUUCAACUUUGUCGAUUUCAAACCUGACGCUUCCAUAAAGUGUGCCGGAAUGUCACGAAGCCUGCAGGAUCGGCUACUUCUUCUUCCAGUGGUGUUGCUACUUCUUCUGGAGCAGCACUGACCAGCGAGGACCAUUAUGUUCUCCACCGUGCCUGCACUCACACGGCGGAAAUUAUAGAGAUUGCCGCGGCGGGGAACGACACAACUUCUAACAGUGGUAGCGGAGCAGGCGGUACAGCUGCCUCCUUGAAUGCUGGUUUGAGCACUUGUGAAAAGAGAUUCUUUUUUCAGAACAGUGGAGAGCGUGGAGGUCCACCAGGAGGCGCAGGAGAUGCGUCGGGGGCCACAACAGCUGCAGUAGAUGUUGACACAACGCUCUACCAGCCCUGGGAAGGUAACGAAACUGGGACAGACAAAACUUUUUACCACCGGCUGGAUUACGGCUCCCAGGGUGGAACAUCAAGACCUGCAGGGGGCGACAGCUCGGCAGAUGAACCAAGUGUAAAAAGCAACGGCUUGAACCUCGUACCAGUAGAGGAGCUAAGUUCUUUUCCUUACGCUGCCGCAAUACAAGCGUCGUCAACGGGUGGAGGUGGUUCUUCUACUUCACUGGAACAGCCCAGCAACACUAUCGUCGAUCCUUCCACGACCUCCACACUAGAGAGCAUCCAAGCAGCCCAUUUGAGCGAAAUGGCGACCCACUGGGUCGCGAGCUCGAAACUGCGCAGUUCGUCCGGGGCGGUUGUCCCACAAACCACCGCGCUGCCGAUAGUACAGAAGAUCCCUGUUGCUAGCUCAUCUAGCACGACCAGCAUUACAGGACCUGGCUCUGGUAGCAUUUCAGCAACACAAACUCCUCGUCCGCUGAAGUUUUUCGAACUCCGCCUCCCGUUCCUUUUCAACGUGACAUUUUCUGCCCAGGAAAUGGAAUUUAUCCUCUGCAAAAGUAUCGUACUCGUAUAAAUGCAAGUCCUGCAUUACAAAUCUUUUUCUUUUUAAGGUAAGUCAGCAUUACAGAUUUCAUUUCUCAUGCUGAGGAAAUUUGUAAUGCAUUUAUACGAGUACGAUACUUUUGCAGUUUAUAAAAUUUCAGGAAUUGCGAAACUUCUACGUGCGGGAAUACCCGGUGUGUAAAAACAACCAGCUCUCCUGGCCCGCGGUGUCGAAAUUACACCCGAGGUUGCUGGCAAUGACAACGACUUCUGGUUUACCAAACCCGUUGUACGAGAAGAACUUUCAGUGGAGUUUUUACAUAAGAUUCCAAAACGCCGCGGCGAAGCUGUCCGAGCAUGAGAAUUUCUGGUUUGUGAAACAUUACCGACCUUUGGAGACGACGUUGAAGAAAUUCGGUUCCACAGUCACGGAAUUACAAGACCUAAUCGCCCCACCAACGACGAUGGUCUCGUCCGGUAGUGGUCAAGUGCAGCAGCUCACCCCGGCGGCAGCACAAAGUUUUACUGCGAAUCAGCUAUCGACGUACUACACGCGAUUGUCAGAGCGAGCGUUUCAAUCGUGGAUCAUCCAGUCGCAACUCUACGCGAUCUAUGCAUUGCAAAUAUGUCUGCGUCUGGGUCUGGAAAGAGGAGAACUUGUGUUGCAUGUGUUGCAUUCCUGAAAAAUCUGUAUUGCAUAUUAGCCACCAAACGCACAAGGACUCUUUUGUGAUGCAAAAACGCAGCUUGUCAUGCGUGCUACGCAUCAGAAGGCACCAAGUACUUAAACUUCUCAUGCAGCUUUGCUGCACUUGAAGGCACCAGACUUAUCCAUGCUUUAGCAUCACAAGUUCCAGACUCAGACACAUUUGCACUUGAUACGAUCCGAGUGGAAUUCACCUCCGGGACCUUUGACAACGCAACGUUAGAGAUGGAGUUCAUGUCCAGGAGUACGUCAGAUGAACUCCGGUGGGUCGCGCGAUAUGAUCCCGUGGAAAAGCUAGCGUACUCGUACUGGCAGUUGUAAUCAUGCAACACAAAUCUCGUUCCUAUGGUAGAUUUCAGCACGACAAACCCAAUAUUUCAUGCUGUGCAAUAAAUUGGUGAUGCAACAAGUACCACGUACUAGUACGUUCCUUCUCCAAUGCAUACAUGAAGCCCAGCCGGCUUCGAUUUUGGAAAGACCACGGUGGAGUCCCUUGGGGUGCCGAUGAGCCAAGAAUAUGAAUUGCAAAUGUAUCGUACUCGUAGGAAUUGCAGUUAUGCAUUACAAAUCUCCGUCCCAAGGUAAAAGAGCAUGACAAAUUCCAUUCGUCACGCUGAGCUAAUUUGUAAUGCAAUUUUUACUACUAAUACGAUGCUUUUCUUUGCACAGGAUAAAGAAGUUUUGGACGCGAUUGGGGGGACCACAUCAAGUGAUGGAACGUCGACAGGAGCAGGGUCAUCUUCAUCGUCCAGCACCCCGAGAAGUUUGUUGACAAAGGACGAGGGCCAACAUCAACUCACGGUUCGUGGGCAAAAUCUUCGUGGAAGUCCCCAACUGGUUGACGUUGCAGAGGCUGUGCGGCACACAGGAGACAACCACGACGACAGGUCUACUCUAGUAGCGCAGCCACAGCCACGUCAGCUACAAACUAGUCUAGCCGACAUCCCGCGGGAGCACCUCGCGUUCACCAAAGUGCCGUAUCAAAAUGAAAAAUCCCCCCGUCCCAUACUCAAACAGGGAAUUCGUGAUGCUGAUUUGUGACCACAAAUCAUGUUGUCAUGCUCAAAGGGAAAUAAAGAUGCGGACUGUGGUGCUGGCUGGCCUGGGAAGGCCUUGCAUCUUCAGCAUAACAGGAGGCAACUGGAAGUGGUAAACAGCAUGACAAACUGCCUGCAAACAAUUGCGCAAAUACGUCUCUUGCCCUUCUAGCAAUACAAACCGAUUUGUGUACGCAAAUCCAGCAUCACAAAUUUCCUGUCCGAUGGAGGGAGCGAAGAUUUUUCCUCACAAUAUGCCGGUCGUUGUGGCCCGACGGGUGAAGAACGAGAUCCAUCUUUUCUUCCCCUACUUAAUUCCCGCGACCUCUUCUACAAGGAUAAAACUCCGGUUCAACAGCGUCACUCUUCCCUCCAUUGGUGGCGAAACCAGUUUCGACUUUCAAACUUUCUACCGGGGCGAGUUGAUGGACGAAUCCCUUAGCUGCUGCAGUCCAAACGCUGGAGGACCUUCUGCUGCAGACGCUGAUCCAAGUACUGGUGCACCGGGAACAUCAGGAGCUCCUGUCAACCCCAACACUCCCUUCGAGUCCUUCCGGAUUCCGCGCAAGAUCCCGAUUUUGUUUGAAUUCCUGGACUCUGUGCAACUCACCCCGGCGUUGUUGUCCACUUUCAUCAGGAAGGAGAACGGCAUGGGCCUCCACCCGGUGGAAUCGUCCUUACCAGUCCGAUACGGGGACGACGCGUUUAUACAACUGGAAUUUUUGGCGAGUUCGGACUUCCAAUAUCCUGUGCAAAAGUUGUAUCGUACUCGUGUUGCAGUCAUGCAUUACAAAUCCUUUUGUUAAAGGUAAAUCUGCAUUGCAAAUUUUAUUUCUCAUGCUGAAAUUUGUAAUGCAUUUAUACGACGAGUACGAUACUUUUGCAGUUCAUAUUCAAUAUAUCAACCCAGCGACGGGAAUGUUGGUAUCCACCGCAUCUUAUGCAAUGCAAAAGCAUCGUACUAGUAUAAAUCGCAUGACAAAUUCCAUCAGCAUGAAAAAUGGAAUUUGUAAUGCGGAUUUAGGUUAAGAGGGAGAUCUGUAAUGCAUGACUGCGAUUACUACGAGUACGAUACUUUUGCACAGGAUACAUCUUCCAGUUCCACGCAGCAGUUGCCAACGGUGUUGGAGAUUGUCAGCCCGGUGAGGGAAGUUGUGAAGAACGCGGCUACGGGGGAGGUGGAAACAGAACCGUUGUAUGAUAUGAGCCAGAUUUUAUCCAACAACAACUUCCAACUCCGCGACGCCACGGAAUGCUUGGUGGUGACGAGUCAGCACCCGAUUAUCAAGUGAAAAUAGAUUAGAACAAAUAUGUCCUCUGGGUCUGGGUCUGGAAGGAUGCAGCUUGUCGUGCGAAGUUUUGAUGACAGAAAAAUCUGUGCUGCAGGAGGAACGAACCACAAAGGUUGCUCACUUGUUGCUAGGAGCUAGGCAAUAGGCGGAUCAUUGCUCAUGCGGCAGGAUAGGCAUGAGGACCAGGAAGGUCUCGCAAAAUCUGUGAUCUUCCUUCUGCAACACAACUCCAGACCAUGUGCAUGGUCCGCGAAGACGAGAUGCAUGACAAGAACUCUUGCGUUCUUGAUCCAAAGAACCCGGACAACAUAUUUGAAUUUGCAGUGGAUAGCGACGUACCCGGUGGAAUUGUUCGACGGCAGCUGCUAUUUCCCGUUACUGUAUGUGAAACGGGUUUACAGUACUACUGCUAGUGCGUCUUCAAGUGCUGCUGGCGCGACAUCUACUUCAACCACAGCCGCACCAAAGCAAGGCCGUUUAGCGUUUGAGUUAGUGUCUACCGAGGCGGAGAUGCAACAAAAUUUCUACGACUUGCUGCUCAACAAGGUGCAGCUGCCGAAGCACCAAGGUACAGCUAGCACAUCAGGACAGAAUACUAACGCGGCGGAGAAACUUCCUGACAAUUACCAAAAGGAUUUUAGCAACACAAACGUCGAACAGGUUUUAUUAGAGGAGAGAAUCUACAAUGCGGCUUUGGACCAGAACGCGCAAAACAUGACCAGCAUCGUGCACGCCCAGGAAAUUUUGUACCAAAAACUCCCGGAACUGAAGAAGCUUUUCGAACGAAAUAGGAUCGUGUUUGGCCGGAAGUAUUUUCUCGAGUUCAAAGUGAAAGCGCCGGAAGCUGUGGCGACGAGUAGUAGUGGUGGUGGUGGUGGGGAUGGUAGUAGUACUGGCACUGUUGUAGCAGCAGCAGGAACAGCGUCCUCUACUUCCUCGUCGGGCAGUGCAGCAACUUCGUACACCUUUACAACCACCUCCGCACCUCCAGCCCCGAAGCCGAACAAAGCCCUGUCCUCCACGACCAACUGGCAGGUGUUUUUCACGAACAAAAACAACAUUGAGAAACAGCUGUACCCGUUUGAUAGAGGGGUUUUCGAAGAUUUCAAGCUGUACUUUAAAACAAAGUUCCAGACGAUAAAAUCCGCCAGGACCAUGAUACAGAUGUACGACAACGUUGAAGCGACCUCGAUCUACAACGAAGACGUCCAAGCCAUGGGGCUGGCGCCGGAUACGCUGAACGACGUUUAUUUGGAGGUCGAGAACUUCGUGCCCCCGCCGUUGAGUACUAGUAGUACAUCUUCUUCAUCUUCAGCGGCAAUUUCAAGUACAACAUUGAGCAGUGGUAGUAGCAGUACAUCAGCCUCUACUUCGGUUAUCAACGUGAACAGCCUAGAACUGUACCCCGCGAGUAAGCACUUCGAGGUUCCCGACGGACUUUUCCUCACCAGUGGUUGCUUCUCGGAGAAUCAGUUAGACGCAUCUACUUUAGCAACAGCGAUGGUCGCCGGAGCAGCUGGUUCAUCUUCAACAUCUCUCCUGCAACUACAGGACCAACAGCAAAUAUGGAUGUGUCAGGUUUGAAAUCGUCAAAGUUGAAAUAGUUUGUCAUGCAUGAAACGGAUACCAGUUAGCCCUACAGUUUGUAGUCGGUGCAUGAGAAAUUUUCCCGGUCCUGGAAGCGAGUCUGUCAUGCGGUUUAGGGCAAAAGAGCUGCCUUCUGUCAUGCUAGUUAGCAGGCGAACUUUUGAGCCUUACCAGGACUAUAAUCUGCCUCCCGUGGGUCCUCUGCAAUAGAGUCGCGUUUCCGUUUUGUAUCGCAUUUUAUGCAUUACAAAUUAUUCCAACUUUGACGAUUUCAAACCUGACGCUUCCAUAGCAAACGCAACAGGAAUACCUGGAAUCCAUUCUCGCCUGUAUCAAAUGUAAAAAUGUCUGGGUCUGGAAGAUUAGAACUUGUCAUGCUAAAUCUGAAUGAUGCAAAAAUCUGUGUUGCGUGGGUGCCAAAAGCUGUCUGCUUUUGACCAAGUUGAGAGGGGGUUUCUCAUGCAGGAAAGGCAUGAUAGAGACCUCAAAGAAUCUGUCAUGCUGGGUCUCGCAUUCCAGACCUCAUGGGUCAUGGAAAACCUGCGUCGCAAAUCUUGUAUUCUUCCAGACCCAGACACUUUUACAUUUGAUAGCCUGUACGAAGCAGCAAAAGGCGGACUUGCCGUUCGGGAAUAAGAUCACCGGGAUUUCUUUAACCGAUCGGUUGAAGAAGCCGCAGGGGAUUAACUUACCCUUGAAAAUAACGUUAAAAGUGAAGGCGAAGAAGUUGCCGUGGCAAGACGAGCGGCAAGCGGUAAUGUCGACUGGCGCCCCUGUGACGGCAAACACCGUUACCGACGCCGCAAACUACUGGUAUGGCGUUCUCAACUGUUACAUUCUCAGCUGUUACAUGAAUUUGUCAUGCAAAAAUACCUUGAGCCGCCAGAUGGUGAAGCUGCUUCGCAUGACAAAUCAGGUAAGGGCUAGACAGCACCUAAAUCUGUGCGGGAUUUGUAAUGCAAAAGGCGCGACCCUCCUCCUUUCACUUGUGCCAUUCUUGCAUUACAAAUACAAACUCAUGUAACAGUUGAGAAUGUAACGUUUGAGAACGCCAUAACUGGUACCUGAUCGCAACAACCUUCAACGCCACGACCGGCCAGGUGAUAUGGAGUUCUCACACGUUACAGUUUUCUCAACUGUUAGUUACAUGAUUUGUCAUGCAAAAUGACCAUGAGCCGCCAGACGAUCAAGUUGGUUCGCAUGACAAAUUCUCCCUCGGAAGGCUAAAUAGCACUAGAAUCCGUGCUGGUGCCAAAUCUGUAAUGCAAGACGCGCAAGGUUCUCCCUCUCACCUGUGCUAUUCUUGCAUUACGCAUCCAUCUAACAGUUGAGGAUGUAACGUUUAAGAGCCCCAUAGGUGACCAUCGUCGGCUGGGACAGGAUCGUCAACGCGGAAGUGGAAGAAAAAUUGCCGCAACUUUUCCCGACGCUCGAAGCUAAUUCAGACAAACUUUUAGUGAAGCAAUUCAACAUCAACUUUAUCCAGGCGGCGUAUUCCUUAGCGGCCACGCAGGUUUUGGUCAAAAUUCAACUGCAACUCCGCUCGCCUUUACCCUUGUUAUGGAACUGUCAGGAUCGAAAUUGACAAAAUUGAAAAAUUUGUGAUGCAUAAAACCGAUCGCAGUUUGGAGCCCAAUUUCUAUGCGGCGCAUGACAAAUUUCGGCGUCAUCGAAAUCCAGUUUGUCAUGCCGUUUAGCGAAAGACGGCAUCCUUUGCCAUGCUACUUUAGCAGUGCUGCCCCAAACCCCAAACAGGCUGGCGAUCGGCCUCAUUUGCAAUCCCUGCAAGACAGUCACUUCGUGCCUUGCAUUUUAUGCAUCACAGAUUAUUUCAACUUUGUCGAUUUCGAUCCUGAAGCUUCCAUACUUGUUCGGGAAAAUUUACAUCCAGGCGCCGGUAGACUACCAGUUUUACUGUACGGGGUUGCGGGUAGUACAGGAGAACGUGGAGCCGAAUUAUAGUGUGGGGUAUGCUGCAGAUGAAGCAGGAGUUAGUCUUGCAACUGGAAGUAGUAGCACGACUUUACUCGACGCCACCGCAGCUAAAACUGCGGGCCAGCAACUGUACUACCAAAACCACGCGGAGUACUACCUGAAAAAGCCGUUCUGCCAGCGGAAUCCGCAGACAAAGUUUCUCCAGCGGUGCCAGCAGUAUCAAAUGUAAAUAUGUCUGCGUCUGGAAGACCGCAGAAGUUUGUCAUGCUGUUUUUCCGUGACGCGACAGGUCUGGCAUGCAGGCCCUAGCAUUACAGGUCUUGAGAAGGUAUCUCAAUGCCUAAUCCGCAUGACAAAUUCCCUUUUUCGGUGACACAAAGUGGGCCACUUCUGCUGUGCGCGCAUGACAGAUUUUUGUGUGAUUUGAGAUGCGCAUGACAACUUUGCAUCCUUCCAGACCCGGACAGAUUUGCAAUGCAUAAGCAGCUGAACCAAACGAUACUAGCAGCGCAGCACGAAAUCGAGGUUUUGCAAAACCGCACGGUGUACCUGCAAACGCUGUUCGCAACGAAGACGCAGUCUGAAAUGAACACGUUGGAACGGGUAUGCAUUGGAAGUAUACCUUUUUUGUGUAGGUCUGGAUUUCGAUUUGGUUUGUGAUGCGAGAUUUGAAGGAGAAUUGCGGCUUCUUUUGUCGUGCUUGAGGCCAUUUUGUUAUGCCACGUACUGAUAAGAUCGGAACAAGCUUCCAGACUGCACUACAGCAGACCGGCUUCGACUACCAUCCAAGGAGCAGCAACACAAAAAUCUCAAUGACAAAUCAGCUGCAUGUUUCCGCCAUACUCAGACAUACUUCCCUUCCAUACCGGGAAAUCUGGCGAACGGAGACCGUGAACGGAACGAAAGCGAAGGUUUGGAACCUCACUAUGGGCUUGAACGAAACGAAAUUUUUUUUCCAAAAAUGCAAACCCUUUUCGGAAGUCAUGUUGGACUUUGUGGAAGAGAAGAUUUACACGAAACCUUCCUACGACGAACAGUUGUUGCUGUCUCCGCAACACAGAUUCGAUUCCUUGUCCACGCUUUUGACCCGCAACGUCCGCGUAAACAACGGGCAAUUGACCGGGUUUGUCGUGCGCGAAGACAAGACCUGGCCGGUGGCGAUCGACAACGCAAAAGGGAAUUUGGACAUUCUGCUCUACGCACAACUACCCUACACCCAACUGCCCCGGGAGGUGAAGGUGCCCGUACCCGAGUACGUGGCAGCUUCGGGAUUUCUGAUGUCCUCUUCGAGCAACACGGGAACUACCAGCGGUGCGACGACGACGAUGCAACAAGGAGAAGAGGAAUCUACGACGUCAUUAACGGUCGACUACUCGCAGUCGCGACACAAUACCUGGACGAUUUACAUCCUAGACCGGUUUCAGCGAGUGCUGGAUUCGAACGCGCAUUACAAGGUGUCCGCAGCAAAUGCCCCGGCGGAGCAGCUAGUAGAGACGGUAGGGGGAGGAGGAGGUGGAGGAGGAGCUGCAGGGGGCUUUAACACUGGUGUUGUUCUUGACAAAGUCUUGCACCAGGAAGACCUCGUGAUAGACAAGGUUGGUUUGUUUUGGCAGAGCCGGUGUCGCUACCCAAAUGAGGAGCAGGUGUUCUCCAGUUUACUCGGGGCACCGGUGUGUGACGAAGACGAAACGGCGGAGGACGAGGCAUUUUCAACCGGCGGUGAAAAAGACGGCGAUCAAAUGAGCGAUCUCAUGCCCCCCGCGGGGGGUAGCGCCAGUACCACGACUGCAGGAGGAAGCACGGGCGCGAGGAACGACACUGCUGGAUAUCAAAUGCAAAUAUGUCUGGGUCUGGAACAUUCCAAGGUUUGUCAUGCACAUUUUGCAUGACCCGUGAUGUCUGCGAUGUAUGCCCCAGCAUCACAAAUUUUUUGCGGGUAUCUUGAUGCCUAUCCCGCAUGACAAAUGCCUUCUCCGCGGAGCAAAAACUGGACGCCUCUUGCUGCUCAUGCAACACUGACCUAAACGUCACGGGGGAAGUGCGCCGUGCAGUAGAGGCGUGCACAGGGGAGCUCGAUAAGAAGGGGAAGCCCACGGAGAUUGCAAAGCUAAUCGACUUCACCGGGCAGGCGAACAUCUUGCGCGAGAUCGAAACCCCAGAGCAGCCCGCGCAGGACCUCCAGACUGAGUAUUGCAACAUUGUGAGAGAGGUCUGCAGCUGGUCGGACUUCGACAUCACGCCGGACCUUCCGAACCUGCCCGAGCUGUACGCGGACUCCACGUUGCCCCGCCCCCGCAGCUGGCGGAUCCGCGAGAUCAGGUGUGCGUGCAUCCCCUGUCUCCGAACAAACUCGCUUAGGCCGAAGAAGCUUGGCUCACUCCGCCUCGCGUUCAUCCACAUGCGAGUCAACCAGCAGCAGGCCACAGAGGAAAAGUUUGCGGCGGCGUUUGCACCCCCGCCCCCGCCACCGCAGCCACAAAGACCGCUGCCAAAGCGCAAGCACAAUGACACCCCGCCGCGGGUCAAGCAGGCGCUCGAGCUGCGGGGGGCAAGCAAGUCCCUCCCGGCGGGGGUCACUUACAACAAGAAAACGCAGAAGCUGUUAGUGACGGUCCGAGUGAAGAUGGACGACGACGGGGAGACCUACCCACUGAGCAAAGUGGUCGACCCGGAAUUGUCCGCAACGGCCGAGGAGGCGCUGGAGGCCGCACAGCAAGCCCGCAAGGACGUGCUUGCGAACUAUCGCGAGCGGGUCGACGCCAUCCGGGCGCAACGCGCGCAGCGAGCUGAGGCCCCCGCCCCGCCGCUCGGGGGUCUCGCACAAUGAAGUCGAAGAAAGGAAAGAAUUUGUUCUGAAAUUGAAAUCAAGAGGUUCUUCACGGUGAAGUUCCUCAAAUAGACUCCUCAUUUUGAGUAGAAGUCUCGCGUACUAAACGCGAACACUGUAAACUGUAAACUGUAAAUACAGAUUUUUUUAGAUUCCAAAAAUAGCAUCACAAAUUGCAUUCUUCCAGACCCAGACAUUUUUGCAAUCCAUACUGGAGCAGGAGCAUUAGCUACGACUUCUGCAACGACAUCCUCAUCAUCGGCAAGAAACCUUGAGGCUGCUCUUCAGAACGUACAUGGUAAAAAAAGAAGAACGACCGACAACGAAGCGGGAGCGGCUACAAGAAGUAGAGAAGAUGAAGAAAGUACUACAGGAGGUCCAGGUGGUACGCCCACGCAAAAAGAAGUACAACUCGUACCACAUCAACGGUCCCUCCAAUCGUCCAUUGGCAGCAGCAGCAGCAGCUCUCCUGCAGCUGUCAUCUCCGAUAGUACAACUGGAUCAUCCACCUCUGCAACCGUGGAUCGGAAAUGCGUGCUGCCAAAAGAUUACUACUACUUCCGGAAACAAACCUCUACUUCCGCAGGAUCAGUCCCGAUCCCCACCGGCUGGACGAGGCAGCAGGCGGAAUAUCCAGCGCAAAAGCUCUUGUUUCGUAGUGGUUGUAGAAGUACUCAUUGCAGUUGUGACCACGCAUCACAGAUUUCUGCGUUGAUGGCGUUCAUGAUCCCCCGAACUGAAUUAGUUGCUUGAUCUUGAUGUCGAAUUCCAUGAUAGAUUUUCUCGUUGAAAAACAAAUGUCAAUGUGUGUUGCGAAAAGCUCCACCAGUAGCUCCUGUACACCGAAGAUUCUUUUGCAAAGUGCAUACAUAGGCCACCACCGCAAAAAGCCGGCCCCACGUGCAGCGGUCGCUGUUUCACAUCGGUUUUGAGGUCAAAGCGGACAUUUUGAAGAAACACCAGUUUCCCGUGAUAUCCGUGGAGUUGCCUAUCAAAUGCAAAUGUGUCUGGGUCUGGAAGACUGCGAAAUUUGUCAUGCUUGGUUGUCUAGCAUGAGCAAAAAGUUUGUGAUGCGUGUCCAAGAAAAGACCCUUUUGCUUGUCAUGCAAAAACGAAGUUUGUCAUGCGAAAAACGGAACAAAAAGCCUCGCAAAUAUUUCUCAUGCUUGGCUGUGCAUUACAGUAGAGCAUUCACUAUUCACAGCCCAGCAUUACAAGUUUCCAGACCCAGCAGACAUGUUUGCGAUGCAUAUUGCCGGAUUUGGUACCAGUGGACGUGGCGAUGCUCAUGAGCAAGGCGGGGUCGGGUCCUCAACAGGGUGUACAAUUACCCACUGCAGCAAUAUCAAAUGCUGGGAGCAGCAGCAGCAACGGGGCAUUAGAGACGGUUGUAAGCAUCCAAGACGGCUUUCAGUUCAUCAUUCAGCACGCCACGGACAUCGUAUGAGAGUGCACAACUCCCCCUCUCCCUCAUUUGUAUUGCAUGAACAGCAAUACAAACGGCAGCGGCCCUGGAGCCUGUGCAUGAAAAAUUUAUGUACCUACUGUAGUACAACUGCUACUGUUUGGGCUUUCGAAAUUUGUCAUGCAUAAUAGUGAAGCAGGGGAGCAACUGGAAUUGUGGAUUUUGCAUGAGAAAUGAGAACGAGGGGGAGUUGUGCACUGUCAUACAUCGAGGUUUUGACGCCGGAGUUCCCCGCACCCGACUGGGGCUGGAUCCCCACGGGGCAGCCCGGCUCGGAGUUCAAACCGAUAACCAAGCUCUUUUUCCGGCUCGCCGGGAAGAUCAACGGCAAAAGCUGGUGGGACCGCGACUUUCCCGGGCCCGUCACCAAAACUUCCGCGUCGCAACUCCUCACUGCCAAAGAGCAAGGGGAGGUGUUUCUGCGAAAAAACCAGCACUUUCUGAUCAAUAUCCUGUGCAAAAGUAUCGCAUUCGUAGUAAUUGUAUCUACGCACUACAAAUCUCUUUUUCAAGGUAAAUCAGCAUUACAAAUUUACUUAAUUUGUAAUGCUGCGCUAGUUUGUCAUGCAGCUUAUCCUAGUGCGAUGCUUUUGCAAUUCAUAAUCAAGGUGCCCGUGGAGUGGCCAAGGUACGAAACUGGGUUUCCAAUAUGCAUUGCAAAAAUGUCUGGGUCUGAGAGGAUGUAACCUGUGAUGCGCAUUUCAGAACACACAAAAAUCUCUCAUGCAUAGGUAGCAAAAGCUGCCCACUUUCUGUCACCAAAAUGGGGGAUUUGUCAUGCGGGUUCGGCAUUGCGGAAGCUUCUCGAAACCUGUGAUGCUAGAGCUUCCAUGCCAGACCUGCUGUGUCAUGCAGAAACAGCAUGACCACUCUUCCAGACCCAGACAUUUUUACAUUUGAUUUCCGAAGUUGAAGAACAAUUUCGUGAAGGUGAAAUUCUGCUUCGAUUUCCCCUUCUGUUUGGAGCAGCUGGCGGAGUACAGUGUACCUGGGCCGGUAGGAUACCACGUCGUGCCCUUGCAGUUUGGAAGCAGUAGUAGCACAAAUCCAAGGGCGUCCUCUACCGAUGGUGCAUCAACAGCUGCGUCUUCUGCAGCACAACAUUCUGGCCUGUGGGAGGAGUUUCAGCUGAAGACGCCGGAGUGCGAGGUGCCCGUGUUCGAGAACACAGGCAUCGGUAGUGGCAGCCGCGGAUGGGAGAGCAGUGCGACUUCUAUUCAUUUUCGGAGAACUGGAACAAGGUGGUCGGCGGGGCAGCUGCUGCUCGGUGGACAAACCUUUUCCCAGCAGUCGCUGUUGUUCUUUGGCGGCUUUGUCGGGCUUUGGGUGCUGCUCGUCCUCACGUGAGGUUGUCUCGUGAGGUCGCAACGUGCUUCUAGGCGGCGGGGCCUCCUUGAUGUACAUUCCCGUCGUGUUUUUUUUACCGUGCUCGGACGACGAGCCAGGUGGUCUUUCGUGUAAGGUAAAGGCUUUGCUUUCGCGAUUGUAGAUUUUUUGCUUUCUUUUACUCUAAGCACGCAGAGAACAAGGUGGAUCUCACACUCGUAACAAGAACUUCUAAUUUGUUAUUCUGUUUCGAAUAGGCACUGUGCCUGCUGAAGAAAGUUUGGAAUAUGACUCGAGUUAGGGCGCAAGGGCGCGAUUGUUUUUUUUUAAAUGUUGGAAAAACGUCUCAGUAGUGAAUCUCAACUUUCCUUUUUUUAAGUGCGUGUAAAUACGUACGUAUUUUUCACCAUUUGCACUUUCAGCAACAAAAGCACUAUAGUGACCAGAAGAAAACGCGCACGCACCAAGGUGCGCCGGCUCUAGGUUCUGCAAAAGAACUAGAACAUGCCGGAGAAAGUCAAAGUAACGUAGUGAAAUAUAGCGAAAAACCGCAGUAGAAGCAGAAGAAGUGAACAACAACUUACAUUCCAGUGACCAGUCCAAGUUGAUAGAUUGUAGCCGCGAUAGAUUCCAGAUGAAGGGUGAAUUUUUAUCUUUUGCUUACUUAAUGAAAUUCAAAUUCAGACUCUGUUGUACCAUGACCGUUGGAGGAGCGCAAGAAGAAGGUAGCAAGCUGAGUAAAAACCCGUGAU